AUGGCAGAGUAUGAGAAAGUACAGAGAAGUGCCCUGAAGCUUAAAGGGGUGUUGGAACUGGGUGUAACGAAGCAGAAAAAGAGGAAGGACAAAAGCAAGGUCCUGGACCAGAUUGUGACAAGUAAGAAGAAUGAGGAGGAGAAGAAGCAGAGGGGGCUGGACAAGCGGACUCCAGUGCAGAUCACCUAGUAGAAGAUGCAAAUGGAAAUAAUCUUAAAGAAAGCAUUCAAAACUCACAAGCUGAGGGUGGAGGGCUUCAACAGACAUUUAGAUACUCUCACUGAAAAUUAUGAUAUCCCCAUAGUCAGCUGGACAAAAUAG